GUUUAUCUUCGCGAUAUGCUGAAAGGAGCCCAAUAACAUCCCUGGAGAUACCUCCGGGAUCGUCGAGCUGCUAGUAUUACGGCCUUAUCAUGGACCUGUGCAGCUUAGCUUUACUCCUGGGUGCCCUGAUCUGCUCUGCGUCCGAGCCUUCCACCAUCGUCCCAGAUCUCACCUGUGCCACAGGCAGCGGUGGAGCGUACCGAGGCACCAUUGCUGUGACGGAAUCUGGCAAAACGUGCCAGAGCUGGUCCACACAAACGCCACAUAAACACAAUCUCUCGCCAGACAAUCACCUCUGCAAAGGCCUUGAUAACAACUACUGUCGUAACCCCGACAACGAGAGGACGCCCUGGUGUUACACCACUGACCCUGACACCCGCUGGGAGUACUGCAGGGUGCCCAGCUGCACUGCGUCCGAGCCUUCCACCAUCGUCCCAGAUCUCACCUGUGCCACAGGCAACGGUGGAGCGUACCGAGGCACCAUUGCUGUGACGGAAUCUGGCAGAACGUGCCAGAGCUGGUCCACACAAACGCCACAUGAACACAAUCUCUCGCCAGACAAUCACCCCUGCAAAGGCCUUGAUAACAACUACUGUCGUAACCCCGACAACGAGAGGACGCCCUGGUGUUACACCACUGACCCUGACACCCGUUGGGAGUACUGCAGGGUGCCCAGCUGCACUGCGUCCGAGCCUUCCACCAUCGUCCCAGAUCUCACCUGUGCCACAGGCAACGGUGGAGCGUACCGAGGCACCAUUGCUGUGACGGAAUCUGGCAGAACGUGCCAGAGCUGGUCCACACAAACGCCACAUAAACACAAUCUCUCGCCAGACAAUCACCCCUGCAAAGGCCUGGAUAACAACUACUGUCGUAACCCCGACAACGAGAGGACGCCCUGGUGUUACACCACUGACCCUGACACCCGCUGGGAGUACUGCAGGGUGCCCAGCUGCACUGCGUCCGAGCCUUCCACCAUCGUCCCAGAUCUCACCUGUGCCACAGGCAACGGUGGAGUGUACCGAGGCACCAUUGCUGUGACGGAAUCUGGCAAAACGUGCCAGAGCUGGUCCACACAAACGCCACAUAAACACAAUCUCUCGCCAGACAAUCACCCCUGCAAAGGCCUGGAUAACAACUACUGUCGUAACCCCGACAACGAGAGGACGCCCUGGUGUUACACCACUGACCCUGACACCCGCUGGGAGUACUGCAGGGUGCCCAGCUGCACUGCGUCCGAGCCUCCCACCAUCGUCCCAGAUCUCACCUGUGCCACAGGCAACGGUGGAACGUACCGAGGCACCAUUGCUGUGACGGAAUCUGGCAGAACGUGCCAGAGCUGGUCCACACAAACGCCACAUAAACACAAUCUCUCGCCAGACAAUCACCCCUGCAAAGGCCUGGAUAACAACUACUGUCGUAACCCCGACAACGAGAGGACGCCCUGGUGUUACACCACUGACCCUGACACCCGCUGGGAGUACUGCAGGGUGCCCAGCUGCACUGCGUCCGAGCCUUCCACCAUCGUCCCAGAUCUCACCUGUGCCACAGGCAACGGUGGAGCGUACCGAGGCACCAUUGCUGUGACGGAAUCUGGCAAAACGUGCCAGAGCUGGUCCACACAAACGCCACAUAAACACAAUCUCUCGCCAGACAAUCACCCCUGCAAAGGCCUGGAUAACAACUACUGUCGUAACCCCGACAACGAGAGGACGCCCUGGUGUUACACCACUGACCCUGACACCCGCUGGGAGUACUGCAGGGUGCCCAGCUGCACUGCGUCCGAGCCUUCCACCAUCGUCCCAGAUCUCACCUGUGCCACAGGCAACGGUGGAGCGUACCGAGGCACCAUUGCUGUGACGGAAUCUGGCAAAACGUGCCAGAGCUGGUCCACACAAACGCCACAUAAACACAAUCUCUCACCAGACAAUCACCCCUGCAAAGGCCUGGAUAACAACUACUGUCGUAACCCCGACAACGAGAGGACGCCCUGGUGUUACACCACUGACCCUGACACCCGCUGGGAGUACUGCAGGGUGCCCAGCUGCACUGCGUCCGAGCCUUCCACCAUCGUCCCAGAUCUCACCUGUGCCACAGGCAACGGUGGAGCGUACCGAGGCACCAUUGCUGUGACGGAAUCUGGCAGAACGUGCCAGAGCUGGUCCACACAGACGCCACAUAAACACAAUCUCUCGCCAGACAAUCACCCCUGCAAAGGCCUGGAUAACAACUACUGUCGUAACCCCGACAACGAGAGGACGCCCUGGUGUUACACCACUGACCCUGACACCCGCUGGGAGUACUGCAGGGUGCCCAGCUGCACUGAUCUGUUGAAAUGUGGGACGCCAGUCACCAAACCAAGGCGUUGUUUAGGUCGGAUCGUGGGAGGCUGUGUGUCAACAGCUUACUCGUGGCCCUGGCAAAUUAGCCUCCGGACCAACACGGGAAUACAUUUCUGUGGAGGAAGCCUCAUUCACCCCCAGUGGGUCCUUACCGCGGCACACUGCCUGCAGAGGUCCACACAGCCUUCAGCCUACAAGGUGCUCAUGGGUAUCAACACAGAGAGAGCCAAUGAGCCAUCCAAACAAGAAAGGAACCUCAACAAACUCAUUCUGGGACCCAAUGGAGCCGACAUCGCUCUACUCAAACUGGAGAGGCCCGCACUAAUAAAUGACAAAGUCCUCACAGUUUGUCUGCCAGAAAAGGAUUACAUUCUUCCCAGUGGAGCUGAGUGUUAUGUUACCGGAUGGGGUAAUACUCAAGGCACCGGGGGUGAUGGCGUUCUGAAAGAAACCGGUUUCCCCGUGAUUGAAAACAAGAUCUGCAAUCGUCCAUCGUACCUCAACGGCAGAGUGAAAGAUCACGAGCUAUGUGCCGGUAACAUCGCAGGAGGAUCCGACAGCUGCCAGGGUGACAGCGGCGGCCCUCUGGUGUGUAACUCCCAGAACAGGUACGUCCUGCAGGGUGUGACCUCGUGGGGCCUGGGAUGCGCCAACGCCAUGAAGCCCGGCGUCUACGCCCGAGUCUCCAAGUUCGUUGAUUGGAUCGAAACAACUAUCAAAAACAAUUAGUCAGAAAGUGAUGGUUCAUUGUGCUUUUUGAAGAUACUUUGUAUUCCAAAAUUGUUUUGGUGCAAAACGACUACUUACGUUAUUUUGGUAUAAUCUGAUGUUAGCGGCGGUUUGGGGGUGGAAAUAUAACUUAAACUUAAAUAUAUCAUGUUCCUGCUUUGGAUAUGUUGAGCUUUUUUUCUGUUCUGAGUUCAACAAUAAAAGUAAAUGCAAAGGUCA